GUUUGGGAAUCAAAGCUGGGGUGUUGCUGUUGCAGUGGUGAGGAGAAGAGUGCUACUUUUGGGUCUUAGUUUCAAACCGUUGAAGUUGGUGAUGACUCUUGGCAUGAUGUUCAGGUUGCCUUGGAUUUGCCUUUACUUCAUAAGUGAAAUAUGCGGCCAACAACUUCAAGGAUUGGAAGUACCCCAGAGUUCUGGGUACUUUAGCUUCAGACCCAGGCCUCCUGGCAUUGGCUCUGUACCUUCCAUGAAUGACUUCAGCUCAAUCAAAGGUCAAGCGUUACCAAGUUACAAUGAACCUUCUAAGGAAAGUAAAGCAGAGACUCCUCAUGCCCCAGCAAGCCAGAUGCAGAUGCCAUCAAACCAGGUUUGGUCUCCGGUGAGCCAAGAUGGCCUGGUGAACUCCGUGUGGACUCCCCUCAACCCGACUCAGGAGGGCCAGGGUCAGCAGUCUGUAAGCCCUGCGUUCAAGACGGCAUGGGCCCAGAUGUCCCCGCCCUCAGUGAGCCAGGCUGCCAAUGUGCCCUCAUCCCCAGUGAGCCAGGCAGCCAAGAUGCCACAGGUGCAGAUGCCCCCAUCAUGGGCCAAGAUGCCCCUAUCCCCAGUGAGCCAGGCAGCCAAGAUGCCCCAGGCCAGAGUGAGCCAGACGGGUGCAGAUGCCCCCAACAUGAGCUCAGAUGAUGCCAGCCCCAGGGAGCCAGGCAGCCAAGAUGCCCCAGAAGCAGGCAAAGGUGCCUCUGGCCCCAGUAAGCCAGGCAGCCAAGAUGCCCCAGGUGCAGAUGCCCCCAGCAUGGGCCCAGAUGCUUCUGGCCCCAGUGAGCCAGGCAGCCAAGAUGCCCCAGGCGCAGAUGCCCCCAGCAUGGGCCCAGAUGCCUCUGGCCCCAGUGAGCCAGGCAGCCAAGAUGCCCCAGGCGCAGAUGCCCCCAGCAUGGGCCCAGAUGCCCCCGGCCCCAGUGAGCCAGGCAGCCAAGAUGCCCCAGGCGCAGAUGCCCCCAGCAUGGGCCCAGAUGCCCCUGGCCCCAGUGAGCCAGGCAGCCAAGAUGCCCCAGGCGCAGAUGCCCCCAGCAUGGGCCCAGAUGCCCCCAGCAUGGGCCCAGAUGCCCCCGUCCCCAGUGAGCCAGGCAGCCAAGAUGCCCCAGGCCCAGAAUGGGUCCAGAUGCCCCCGGCCCUAGUGAGCCAGGCAGCCAAGAUGCCCCAGGCGCAGAUGCCCCCAACAUGGGUCCAGAUGCCUCCAGCCCCAGUGAGCCAGGCAGCCAAGAUGCCCCAGGCCAAGAUGCCCCGAGCAUGGGUCCAGAUGCCCCCGGCCCCAGUGAGCCAGGCAGCCAAGAUACCCCAGGUGCAGAUGCCCCGAGCAUGGGUCCAGAUGCCCCCGGCCCCAGUGAGCCAGGCAGCCAAGAUGCCCCAGGCCAAGAUGCCCCGAGCAUGGGUCCACAUGCCCCCGGCCCCAGUGAGCCAGGCAGCCAAGAUGGCCCAGGCCAAGAUGGCCCAGGCCAAGAUGCCCCGAGCAUGGGUCCAGAUUCCCCCGUCUCCAGUGGGCCAGACAGCCAAGAUGCCCCAGGCGCAGAUGCCCCCAACAUGGGCCCAGAUGCCCCCGGCCCCAGUGAGCCAGGUAGCCAAGAUGCCCCAGGCCAAGAUGCCCCGAGCAUGGGUCCAGAUGCCCCCGGCCCCAGUGAGCCAGGUAGCCAAGAUGCCCCAGGCCAAGAUGCCCCGAGCAUGGGUCCAGCUGCCCCCGGCUCCAGUGAGCGAGACAGCCAAGAUGCCCCAGGCGCAGGCAAAGGUGCCUCCGGCCCCAGUAAGCCAGACAGCCAAGAUGCCCCAGGCCAAGAUCUCCCGAGCAUGGGUCCAGAUCCCCCUGGCUCCAGUGAGCCAGGUAGCCAAGAUGCCCCAGGCCAAGAUCUCCCGAGCAUGGGUCCAGAUGCCCCCGUCCCCAGUGAGCCAUGCAGCCAAGAUGCCCCAGGCCAAGAUGCCCCGAGCAUGGGUCCAGAUGCCCCCGGCCCCAGUGAGCCAGGCAGCCAAGAUGAGCCAGGCAGCCAAGAUGAACCAGGCAGCCAAGAUGCCCCAGGCGCAGAUGACUCAAUCCAACUCUUUAGGUAGUCUUGGCAGCUCCUCCAUGGAUGUCAGUGGCGAUACUGAGGGUCCCUCAUCAGGGCAAGAGCACUACCUUGUGAUCUCAGAGCCAUUAGGUUUUCAAACGCGCUACCUGGUUAAGUCCUUCAACCGUUACGUGCGUGGAAAAAGGGUCUUUUCCCAAACCACCUACAUCCCACUGGACGUUCCUCCAAGUGAUGGUGCUGCUCAGCCUGCUCCAGUCCCCAGUUUUCCUGGACAUGAAGCCCACACUGGCCAAACUGUAGACUACAUUCCUUCAAGGAAAGGAUAAACUUGCCCAGUUGAUCUUUGCCAUGGAGGCCCUGAACUCCAACCUGAAUGGAUUUCUAGGAUUCACUUUACAUUGUGGUUAAAACAAUAAAAAGAUGUUCUUUAA